GAAAUGAUUCAACAUAUUUCUUCAUGAUAAAUCUUAUUUAAUUCAUGAAGGUAAGGGUAUAAUAUUCCCCAAUGUUUUGAUACAAAAACAGUGGCGACGACGAUGACAACAACAACUACAACAGUAAGCAACUGUAUCUGUAGUUGGUGUAUCUAACCUCACAUAUUCAAUCCUGCUAUAUUACAUUGUUGUUGGUGUUAGAAGAAAUCAGAGCACUUACCACAAUAAUUUAAACGUCUUGCUAAUACACUGUAUGCAUUCUCCCACAAUUUAACGUUUGUUUCAUAAACUUCUGAACUUAUGAGCUGUGCUUCAUUAUACGUCUUGCUGCUUCCAAUAAUGUGGCAAUUCCGGUAGCCAGUUCUAGCGUUUUUGUCUCUAUAGCGCCUCCAGGCUAGUGAAGGAUAUGGAUUUUGCACGGAAUCAGCUAAUGAAGUAUGGCUGGAAAGAAGGGAAAGGCCUUGGACGAAACGAAUCAGGGAUAACAGAGGCACUGAAACCAAAGCUUAAGUUUGAUAACCGAGGAGUUGGCCAUGAUCCUUCUGAGCAAUUCACAUAUCACUGGUGGGAACAUGCUUUUAAUAAGGCAGCAAAUAAUAUCCAAGUGUCUACAACUGAUGAUGGAGUUGCAGUGAAGUUACAGGAUGAAAAUAUAGAUAUCACAACUACAAAACAUUCAGUAAAAGGUGUCAAGAAGAAGAACAUCAUGGAAUAUGGAACAUUUCUGAAAACAUCCAUGUUGACAGAAGGAGGGCAGGUGGUAAGAGUUGCGAAAGACACGCUAGAAGUACCCGAGUCGAAUGACCCUAUGGAGACCGCUGAGAGAUUAACAGAUGAUGAUCUGUUCAGAAUAUGCGGCGGCCGCACUGCACACAAGGGCGCGCGACAUGGCCUGAAGCUGAAUGGAAAAUUAGCACGAAUCGAAGAGCAAGAGAGGCAAAUGUUAGGUUACGCAGAUGAGGACACGGAAAAGAUGCUGAAGCAAAUCAAGGCAAACUUAAAAGAUGAUGAUAAUAGUUCUUCGCAAAUUGAGUCUGUGGGUACAAAAACAAAUUUGCUACACUUAGAAAAGAGUGGAAAGGAAAUAUGGAAAAAGCAUAAGAAAUCUAAAAUAAUUCGUCAUAAAAAAGGUGCAGCAGAAACUGGAGAUAUUCAAACAUCUCAGCUUCACGACGAGCUACUUUAUCCAGAAAAUAAUACAGCCUAUACUGAAAGAGUUAAAAAAUCUAAGAAAGUGGACUCUCAUUCUGCCAUUUCCAAUGGAACCCUGAAAUCUGGUCCAAAAAACCAGAUGCACCUACAAGUUGAAGAAAGCACAGAAUCUAAGAAAAAGAUAAAUUUAAGAAAAUCAAGAAGAGAAAAUGAAGAUCGUAAAUUAUGUGAUAUUGAUCAGGAAUAUGAAAACAUAGCUUUACCAUCUUUUGGACCAAGAAAGAGAAAGACAAAACAGAAAGGCAUUUUGUUAGAAGCUACUACUCGUGUGGACACAUCAAUGAUAGAUGUGGAUCAGAAAGACUAUUUUGGCAAAUGUAAGAAGAAGAAGAAGAAGAAAACAGAAUCUUUAGAUUAGUCCAUCAUUCAGACAACUCCUUCUUAUGAUAAUUCGGUGUGGUCUAAAAUUGUGAUGUCAUGUCUACGAUACUUUCCUCAGUAAUCUGAAUUUUAUGUUAUUAUUUUAUCAGACUUCUAUCAAAACCAGUUUAGUGAAUUUUUUUUAUCCAUUUCCUGUUUUAUAAAAUAAUGCAUCAAUUUUAUGGCCAGUCUUUUAAGUAAAGCAUUUUAAUUCCAGUUGACACAGACGAUUUAAAACCACCGUAUUACGAGACUGAUGAUAAAUGAUAUAUAAUUAGAUGGUAACCUCUAAACGAUUUUCUUCAAACCUCAAAAGCUCGUAAUAACCAAGUAAUUCACUUGAGACCAAGACAAAUUAAAAUGUUUCCAGUCAUAAACAAGUGAGAAGUUACAUAAGAUAUGCAAAUUCAAAAAAAAAUACUGGAAAGAUGAGUUACAGGAAGUUAAAAAGUGUUCAUGCACCACAAUAGUCAUGAUGCGUUCACCAGAAUUUUUCAUUCAAACUUACUGUAAUGAUUUUUUUUAUUUUCACUUCAGUUUACAUUAAUACUACAAUGAUGUUAACAUACAGAAAAUUAAAUAAGCUAUACCUUAAUAACAUUAAUUAUAUUUGCACCCACUUUAUAAUGUAAUGGGAAAUAAAACAAUUCAAAAGCA